GGCGCGCGAGACACGCGGAGACACAGCGGAGCGCACUCGCUCGCUCGCUCGCUCGGACCCGAGACCGCGGACCCGCUCGGCGCGCGACACACGGCGGGAAAGGCACGGGAAGGGAAGCGAAGGGUAGGCAGCGCGAGGAGGAUCCGCGCGGGCAGGAGCCGCAACUUCUCAAUGCGUGAGCUGCGAGGUGGUCCAGCAGCCCAUUUUGUACAGUCAUAAAGGAUGCUUGUUUUGGGACUCAGGAAAAGGACGUGGUGUCCUCUUGUCCUUCUUGCUCUUGCUGUACACUUUGUCCCAGCUCAGGGCCAAGUUUCCACUCCACGUAGACUACGUUUUAAAGCUCUGGGACCAGGCAAAUUUGCUAUAUCAUGGAAAGAGCCAAGAGGAGACUUUGAUCACUAUAGAUUAAUUUAUUACAUCAGACCAGAUGGAGAGCAAAGAGAGCUUCAGAUCCCGAAGCGGGAGAAUCAAGCAAUAAUACCGAAUUUUGAUCCCUCAAAGGAUUAUAUGUUCAGUAUUUAUGCUGUGAAGGGAAACCAACAGAGCAAACCACUAACCGCAAAAUAUACAUCUCGCGUGAAUGAGGGUGAGGAGCACGAGCAACUUCAGAAGCUGAAGGAUAAGACGUCCGGAGCUGAUCAGUUUGUGUGCACCACUCCGGCGAUAGCUGACAUCGUCAUCUUGGUGGAUGGCUCCUGGAGCAUCGGGCGGGUGAACUUCCGGCUGGUUCGCUUGUUCCUCGAGAACCUGGUGAAAGCCUUCACUGUCGGGUUCGACAAAACCCGUAUCGGUCUUGCUCAGUACAGCGGCGAUCCCAGGAUCGAGUGGCACCUGAACGCCUUCAACACCAAGGAAGCCGUUCUCGAGGCGGUGAACAACCUGCCCUAUAAAGGAGGAAACACGCUUACAGGCCUGGCGUUAACCUACAUCCUGGAGAACAGCUUUAAACCCGAGUCUGGUGCCAGACCAGGGGUUCCCAAGAUUGGGAUCCUCAUCACAGAUGGCAAGUCCCAGGAUGAUGUCCUCCCUCCGGCGCAGAGUCUGCGGGACAGCGGCGUGGAGCUCUUUGCCAUUGGCGUGAAGAACGCGGAUGAGAACGAGCUGAAAGCCAUCGCGUCAGACCCAGACGAGACACACGUGUACAACGUGGCAGAUUUCAGCAUCAUGAGCACCAUUGUGGAGGGCCUCACGAAGACCGUGUGCGAGCGAGUCGAAGAGCAGGACAAGGAGAUCAAAGCAACUGAGACUGGCCAGUCCUUAGAAGGACCACAAGACCUUGAGAUCUCAGAGGUGACGAGCAGGAGCUUUCGUGUAUCGUGGAGCCAUGCCCUGGGAGAUGUCAGGAAUUACCAGAUCGUGUACCACCCUUCCCAAGAUGGCACUCCCGAGGAGAUACUGGUGGAUGGCAGUGAAAACUCAGUGGUCUUGAAAGCUCUGAGACCUCACACUGAGUACCAGAUUGCCGUGUUUGCUGUCUACCCCAACGCGGCCAGUGAGGCCCUGCGAGGAGUCGAGAUCACCCGGGCUCUGCCUUCAGUGAGUGACCUGGAGCUGUAUGAUGUGACACAAAGCAGUAUGAAGGCCCGCUGGAAGGCUGCAGAGGGUGCUACAGGCUACCUGGUUGUUCACGCCAUGGCAACACCGGAUGAGAUUCCUGACAGCUCAGAGGUGAAAGUGAAGCACUCGAAAACCAACAUUGAGCUGCACGGGUUGAUCCCUGACACCGAGUACAUUGUGACCGUAUAUGCCAUGCACGGCGAAGAGACCAGCGAUCCUUCAACGAUUAUGGAAACUACCUUACCGCUGCUUCCGCCCCGGAACAUGAGGUUCUGGGACGUAGACCACAGCUCCGCUAGGGUAACGUGGGACUCUCCGUCCAGUGAGGUCACAGGUUACCGUGUCGCGUACGCCAAGUCCGGUGGAAGCGAAUUCAAAGAGGUGGAAGCGGGUCAGGGGAUGUCAGUGGUGUUGACGAACCUAACGUCUCUCUCUGAGUACACGGUGGCCGUAUUUGGCAUUUAUGACAAUGGUCAAGCCGACCCCCUCACCGGCAGCUUCACCACCGAACCGGUGCCGGAGCCCCAGAACCUCAGGACCACUGCGGUGUCUACAGAAAGCUUCCAGGUCAGCUGGGAUCACGCAGCUCAAGACGUGGUCUUGUACCGGCUGUCAUGGAAACCGACUGGGGGCAGAGACGCGAAGGAGAUGCUCGUCACGGGGAGCCUCGAUUCCAUCCUCAUCUCAGAGCUGCAGCCGCUCACGGAGUACGAGGUGUCGCUGUUGGCCAUCUUUGCAGGCGAUGUGGAGAGCAAGGCCGUGACCACCCUGGAGACAACCUUGCCGAGGGCAACAGCUGCUUCCACAACUGCCAUGGCAGGGGUGAGGAACCUGCUAAUUGAUGGCGAGACCACCUCCAGCUUUCGAGUUUCCUGGAACAUGCUGGACCCCACUGUGCAGCGGUUCCGGGUGUCGUUCAUCAGCCUAAAGGGUGGCGGCCCAGAGGAAGAGGUUUCAGUUCCAGGACGGCAGAACAGCGUGAUGCUGCAGCCUCUACUGCCAGACACACAGUAUAAGGUCACAGUCACCCCAGUCUACGUUGGCAGGGAUGGGACGAGCGUGUCCUCUGUGGGAAACACACUGCCAUUGUCCCCACCCAGCAAGCUCAGGGUAUCUGAAGAAUGGUACAACAGGUUCCGUGUCUCCUGGGACCCUCCUCCGUCACCCACUUCGGGCUACUGGGUCAUCUACCAGCCCAUCUCUGUCCCGAGUCCUGCCGUCGAAACCUUUGUCAGGGAUGAUGUCAACACACUGCUGAUCCCGAACCUGCAGAGUGACACGGAUUACGACGUGAAGGUCGUCGCCUCGUACCCCGCCGGGUCCAGCGAUGCCCUUCUUGGCAAGGGCAAGACACUGUACCUGGGAGUGACGAACCUGAACGCCUACCAGGUGGAGAGCACAAGCAUUUGUGCACAGUGGCAACCCCACCAGCAUGCCUCCUUCUACCGGCUUGUCAUCGAGUCGCUGCUCAAUGGACAGGAGCAGGAAGUGAGUCUGGGGGCUGGAACAUCUAGACACUGCUUCUACCACCUCUCCCCCAACAGUCAGUACAAGAUCAGCGUCUACACCCAGUUCGAAGACACCGAGGGCCCCGCCGUGACCAUCCUGGACAAAACUCGUCCAGCUCCCACCGAGCCACCAACCCCUCCCCCAAUGACACCCCCUGCCCCAACUGUGCCCCCUGCCAGAGAAGUGUGCAAAGACGCCAAGGCCGAUCUCGUCUUCCUGGUUGACGGUUCCUGGAGCAUCGGAGACGAUAACUUUCACAAGAUCAUCCGUUUCCUGUACAGCACAACCGGCGCUCUUGACAAGAUUGGCUCAGACGGCACCCAGGUGGCCAUCGUGCAGUUCAGCGAUGACGCCAGGACCGAAUUCAAGCUCAACACCUACGAGGACAAGGAGGCUCUUCUGGACGCCGUUCAACGCAUCUCAUACAAGGGUGGAAAUACCAAGACAGGGAAAGCCAUCAAGCAUGUGAAGGAGACCAUCUUCACUGCCGAAGGAGGUUCAAGGCGGGGCAUCCCCAAAGUGCUGGUGGUUCUCACCGAUGGCCGGUCCCAAGAUGACGUCAACAAGGUCUCCAAAGAGAUGCAAACAGAAGGCUACAUCAUCUUCGCCAUCGGCUUUGCUGACGCCGACUACGGGGAGCUGGUGAACAUUGCCAGCAAGCCCAGCGAGAGACAUGUCUUCUUCGUGGACGACUUGGAUGCGUUCAAGAAAAUCGAAGAACAGCUGAUAACGUUUGUCUGCGAGGCCGCCUCAGCCACUUGUCCUGCAUUUCUUGCGAGCGGAAACACCAUGGCAGGUUUCCGGAUGAUGGAGAUGUUCGGUCUGGCAGAAAACCGGUAUAGCAGCGUUAGCGGUGUGUCCAUGGAACCCGGGACAUUCAACAGCUUCCCCUGCUACAGACUGCACAAGGACGCCCUGGUCUCCCAGCCCACGAAGUAUCUCCACCCCGAAGGUUUACCCUCUGACUACACCAUCACCGUGCUGUUCCGCCUCCUGCCAGAUACUCCCCAGGAACCCUUUGCCAUGUGGGAGAUUCUGAACAAAGAAAACGAACCCCUUGUGGGCGUCAUUCUAGACAAUGGUGGGAAAACCCUGACGUUUUUCAACAACGACUACAAGGGCGACUUCCAGACGGCGACAUUCGAGGGACCGGAUAUCAGGAAGGUCUUCUAUGGUAGCUUCCACAAGCUGCACCUGGCCAUCAGUAAGACCAGUGUCAAGGUGAUCAUCGACUGCAAGAUGGUGGGAGAGAAGCCGGUGAACGCGGCAGGGAACAUCACAACAGAUGGCGUGGAAGUGCUGGGCAGGAUGGUGCGAUCGCGUGGAGUGAGGGACAACUCUGCCCCGUUCCAGCUUCAGAUGUUUGACAUCGUCUGCAGCACUUCCUGGCCCAGUAUGGACAAGUGCUGUGAGCUCCCGGGUCUGAGGGUGGAAGCUGACUGCCCAGCAAUGCCCCAUGCGUGUACCUGCUCCCAAGACAGCAAAGGCCCCCCCGGACCCUUAGGCCCCCCGGGUGGUCCUGGUAUCCGGGGUGCGAGAGGAGAUCGUGGGGACCCAGGCCUUGUGGGACCCCAAGGUCCUACCGGGGAAAUGGGUACUCCAGGACCACAGGGCCCCCCGGGACCUCAGGGGCCAAGCGGACUAUCCGUUCAGGGGCCACCGGGUGUUCCUGGGGAGAAGGGGGAGAAGGGAGAUGCUGGACAACAGGGCCCACAGGGUGUUCCAGGAUCUUCUGGAGCGCCAGGACGUGAUGGCUCAACUGGACAAAGGGGACUGCCUGGAAAAGACGGUCCCCAAGGACUGCAGGGUUCGCCAGGACCAGUCGGUUCUCCAGGGGCUCCCGGAUCACCCGGAUCGAACGGGCCCCCAGGGUCACUGGGUGACCAGGGACUGCCGGGUCCUCCUGGUACUAAAGGUGAAAAGGGUGAACGAGGUGAUCUGCAGUCCCAGGCCGUGGUCCGGUCGAUCGCGCGGCAAGUGUGCGAGCAGCUAAUUCAGAGUCAUAUGGCACGAUACAGCUCUAUCCUCAACCAGAUCCCGAGUCACUCUGUCUCGGUGCGCGCCGUGCAAGGACCCCCCGGGGAGCCGGGCCGGCAGGGACCCCCCGGGCGCCCGGGAGAGCAGGGCCCGGCUGGCAGGCCAGGAUUUCCCGGGAGCAACGGGCAAAAUGGACAACCAGGGGAGAGAGGUCUUUCUGGAGAGAAAGGAGAGAAGGGAAGCCAAGGAGUGGGUACGCAGGGUCCGAGAGGCCCUCCGGGGCCCCCAGGACCUCCAGGUGAAGGGCGAACGGGCAGCCAGGGACCGGCGGGUAGGCCCGGAAACCCGGGCGCUCCUGGUCGGACGGGAACCCCGGGCCCCACGGGUCCUGGCGGCCAACCAGGGUACUGUGACCCAAACUCCUGCCUUGGCUACAGCAUCGGCGGCCAACAACAGUACGAGAACGAGUACUGAGCAGUGUUCGCUAGACACCGUCCGCACCCUGUCUCCUGACACGCACGCACGCACACACGCACGCUCGCACACAUCAAGACUUCAACUGAGGAGCUGAGCGAGGCACGUUUAUUAACGGUCGCCCUUGAGCCGCCCAUCAUCGCCAUAACCGGCCAAGUGCUUCUUUGGUGGGUGCGUCCUGUCCCGCCCGUCCUGCGAUGUGCAUAACGCUCUCACCUUUCUCACGCCACGUGUCGUCCAGUACGGCAUGUCUCGGCAAGUCCUUUCCACCCGACCGCUGUGGAUUUGUCUCCUAACUCCUGUUGUGCCCCGAUGCUCCGUCGAUGUGCUGGAUACCGAUGACCCUUUGGUGGUGUUAGCGCUUGCUCUUGUGACACCCUGCUGGCCCAGUGUUGUCAGUAACGUGCCUUUGUCUCUCUGCUCCUCCCUGUUUGUCACGCUAACCCAAUCAAUGUACUUGGCGGUGAUGGGUGUAAGGUGGAUAUGAUGGUGGCCCAACUGAGCAAGAUGUUCCCAUAGUACAAUUGCCUCCAAAUUCCUACCAAACCUAUGAUCCUGCUGGCAAUUACGACGAGGAAGAGGAGGAAUACCAGGGCUACGGAGGUUAUGUGUCUCAGUAUUACCAGCCCAGCGGUCCUGCCCCCCAGCCCGGCCACGAGGACACCGUCGAGAUGCGAUCUCCUGGAGUCCGGCGCUUCUCUAGAAGCCUGACCAGCAGGAAGGUGGCUGCCGGCACAGAUAGUGACCCUCGCACAUCAGAGACCGGAACUCUCUAGUGGACUUCAAAAUCUCACCAUACCUCCGUGCAUCCGGAGGUCCUGGACGCUAUGCUGUCAGAGAGAAUUCCGAAAGUGCCUGAUAUCUACGUAUUUUUUUGGGGGAUGGGGA